AGGUGACAUAAGAACAGCAAUUCACAAUCUGCAAUUGUGUUUCGAUGGUAACGGAGGAUUUAAUGAAACUUGUUAUCUUCAUUCUUCAACAUUAGUUGAUCCGUAUCAUAGUUUGGGAAAGCUUCUCUAUGCGAAAAGGUGCGAUAAGGCUGACGACGAUUGGAAGAACGCUGAAGAAAAGUUGAAAGUUGAAUUAAGGAAAGUUUAUUCGAGAGAUUAUCCUCCCAAAGAUGAUGUCAGUGAGGUCCUUGCUAAGAGUGGUAUGAAUGCUGACAAGCUGGUGAUGUUCAUACACGAACAUGAGCCGAAUUUUGCUCCGUCAUUAUCAUCUUAUCUGGGCAUUCUCAAUAAUAUAAGCCUUUUCGAUUCAGUGAGUAGCCGUUGGGAAGUUCGAAUGGAUUCUAAUUUCAGCUCAUAUAUGGGUGAAGUGGCAGGUAGAUCUACUGUUUUUCAUAAUUUCGGAUGCAAAAGCAAACAAAGUAGAGGAAUGUAUCGUUUUCAUAAACCCCGUUGUUCUGAAGAAGAUUUUCAAGUAUUCAGUAAACAAAAAGAAAUUCAUGCUGCUUUUCCUUCACAUACUUACGGGGAGGUGUUAACUCUGACACUUCCACUAAUUAGAUUUAUAAAACCACCAACGCUGGAUAAUUAUCAGUGUCAAGUUCUUGUGUUACUGAAUUCUGCGCUAUGUACCAACUUUGUUGUGAGUCAGUCUUCUACAAACAGGAGGCCAAGCAGGAGAUCUCCAGGAAAUGAUGAAGAAAACCAAUUUGAUAUAGAAGAAAUUGACCUUUCAUGA